CAAAUAAUGGGAGGAGAAGAGAGAGGAGUGGUUUGUGAAGUAGAACCAAAGCCAAAAGAAAGGGAUAAUUUGUUCUUAGCGUGGAUAUGGCAUCAGUUGUGACCCCCGCGCAUGUUAGCAGCAGCCCCUUGCAGUGUUCCAGUCGGAAGACGAAGCGUGUGAGUUGUGAACUGUCGCCACCACCGUCAUCAUGGAAGGAAGGCCGCCGGAUGGUGUCCAUCUCUCUAGUUCUCUCCCACUUCCUUCUUAUUCCUAACCAUGCUAAUGCUGAAGGAAAUUUCAUGGAUAAAUAUGUUAAGAGAAAAAAGCUAGAGCCUCUGGAGACUUACGUACCAGCUGUAAUUCUCACACAGUUCCAGUUCAAAGAUUUGGAAAAAACUUUAGAGGGUGCUGAACCCCAAUUUGCCCUCUGUCGGUCUCUUCUUCGUUCUGGGCCUGCAGCAUCUCUUCGUGUAAAUAUUCGAGCAGUUGCGCAAUAUGCUUCCGACAGUGGCAAUGGUAAAACUGCUUCCAACAAUGUUGAUGAAUGUCUGAGGUCACUGGAGGAACUUGAUUCCCUGCUACUGCGUGCAUCAAGAAAUGAUCCUGACGCCUCAGUCAAAUCAAUGAAGGCAAAAGUCAGAUCCGCCUUUAUCGCUCUGGACAGCCUCCUACAAACAGUACCAUCGGAUGUGCUAAGUAAGGGAAAGGUUAUAGCAGAUUCAUACCUGGACCGGGAGGACGUGGUGGAAACAGAGAGCUCAGACCCUGAUUUAAAGCAAUUACAGUCAAUACUAUGAAUAGCUAACAUGCAUACAGUUAACAUCAUGUGUAUCAAAAUCAAAUAAAAAAAACUUUUAUCGAUCUUUUUUUAAACUUCAACGAGUUUCUUUA